UGGCAAUGCCAAUUUAUUUGAUGCUUCCCAUGCGCAUCUAUAUAAAGUCUAUUACGGUGGAGCAGAACUAGUGAGGCUAUCAACGGCCAACUGCAACAAGGCGUCAACUCUCAUUAUUCUAGGGGCUUGGACUCUCUGGAAGCAUAGAAAUUGUUGUGUUUUUGACGGCAUUGCAGCAAAUUUGGCAAGCGCCUUGCUGCUUGCCGAAGAGGAGGCACAGCUUUGGGCUUUGGCUGGGGCGCGAGGGCUUUCCCUCUUGACAGCUCUAACCCCUAAUGUCUAGGAAAGAUCCUGGUUACAUCAGCAAGAAUAUAAGAGACACACAAAAUCAAAGAGAUGAUGAACCUUUGUUGAAGAGGGGUCUGGACAACCCUGAAAUUCUGGAUGGUAAUUGGUCUCAACUAUGUAUAACUUGCAAAAUUGUUAGGCCUGUACGCUCAAAACACUGCUCUACAUGUGACCGCUGUGUUGAACAAUUCGAUCAUCACUGCCCUUGGGUGUCUAAUUGUAUUGGAAAGAGGAACAAAUGGGAAUUCUUUAUGUUCCUUAUCCUAGAAGUUUCUGCGAUGAUCAUUACUGGUGUAACAGCCAUCAUAAGAACCGUAGGAGACCCGGCUUCUCCAGCAUCAUUUGGUGGAUGGCUUAACUAUACAGCUAUGAACCAUUCCUGGGUGGUGUCUUUUGUCAUAAUGGACCUCUUCCUUUUCUUUGGCGUUAUAGCUCUAACUGUAAUUCAAGCAUCACAGAUAUCAAGGAAUAUAACGACGAAUGAGAUGGCAAAUGCCGUGAGGUACAGUUAUCUCAGAGAACCAGGUGGCAGAUUCAGAAAUCCAUUUGACCAUGGUGUGCGUAAAAACUGUUCUGACUUCUUGCUGAAGGGGUACAACGAGGAUAUUGAGAGGGUUGAACAGACAUUGCAACCUGACGAGGAAACGGGAACGAUUCAGAUGACAAGAAGCGCAGUCUUGCAGAAUGGCGAGAGCAUUCCACUUCAUAUUAAUGGCACUGACCAUGGUUGCUCCGAUUCCCAAGCAAACUCAAAAUCUCAUGGUCAACUUAGUCCAUCUAAGUGUUGCAAUCACAGUAAGAAAAGUGAUAAGACCCCUUUGGGCCUAGGACUGGGCCUUGGGCGUAACAAUCCCUCUAGCCGUUAUGCACGGUCUCUUCUUCCCUUGUGAUUCAUCUGGAGAAUGCAAAGGUGUUCCUUUUUCUGUACAUGCUUAUUACACAACCAUAGCUUUGUUUGGGCUAUUUCUUCAUUGGUGCUUCGUGAUCUCUCUGGCUGCACUGACAUUGUUAUGAUGCUGGAAGUGGAGCCCCAGAUCUACCGAGUACUGAAAUGGCUAUAAUAAACGUCAUCUGGGUUGCAUGAAGGCUUCGUAAACAUCUUCGACUCGUAUCUUAUGAAACACCAGAGAAAUUUUGUCAAGCUAUGUAAUUUUUUUUUUGGGUGCAAAAGUGCACCAGUGUACAACGUCUCGGCGUUAUGUAUGUACAUGAGGUUGAGGGUUGAUAGUUCAGAUACCAUCCCCUCUUGAAGUAUAGUUGUACACUAGAACUGUACAUUGUAGAGUGAUUUCCCCUGUACACGAUGUGUACACAUGAAACUGGUUUGGAGCCGGCCUGAUCAGUGAUCUGUUUCUCCCCUCU